GCUUUCUUUUCGCUCAAGGAAACGAGUACGUACUGUCAUCAAGUCAUCUUCUUCGUCCAAGAUACAGAUCUGACCUUAUCAAGCUCACCAUACACAACACCUCCACGCCUAAGUCGGAACCGCAGCUAUGUCUUAUGAAAUGUCAACGCAGCAUGCCACCCGGGUUGGCGCAAGACCCUUCAAUCAUAGUCAGUCCCAAGCUGCCGAGGAAGAGUACGAUCGACUGCGAGAUCUGGCUCGCCGCGAGGCACAAAAGCGGUCGGAAUGCUUUGCAAAGUCUCAACAAGCAUACGGUAACGGCGAUGGUGCCGCAGCUCACGCACUAUCACAAGAAGGAAAAGAUCAUGGCGCCAAAAUGGAUCAAUAUAAUAAACAGGCCUCUGACUUCAUCUUUCGCGAAAACAAUGCCGAGGGGAGAGUGCCUGCGGAUACUAUAGAUUUGCACGGGCAAUUCGUCGAGGAAGCCGAAGACAUACUGGAAGAACGAAUACGGUAUGCUCAGUCGCAUGGAGAAAAUCAUCUACAUGUGAUUGUAGGUAAAGGCAACCACAGCGCAAACCAUGUGCAGAAGAUCAAACCUCGCGUCGAACAAGUAUGUCGCGAACUGGGCUUGCAAUACCACACCGAACCCAACGAAGGGCGUAUAUAUGUCAAUUUGACUGGCGGCGCAGUCGAUAUGCAGCAUGCCAACAACUGGGGUGGAUAUCAACAAUCAUAUCCUGGCGGACAAGCCCAACAAAGUCAUGGAUACCAGCCUCAACAUCAGCAGCAGCAGUACCACCAUCAACAGCAACAGCAGCAGCACGGUGGUGGCCAAGGACAACAAGACCAAGUUGAGAAGGUUGUCAAGAAAUUCUUGCCCAGAAUCAUCAACAAGCUCCUGCGCAUGCUCUGUCACUGAUAUGCAGAACCUUGACACAAGGGUGUCUCUUCCUGCGCUCCACAGCCAUCGGCACCACGGCGAGAGAAGCCCCCAUCAUCUAGUCGAUUGCUUGCAGCGACGAGUCCGACGAUGCAUCACGAAGCAAUACCUCAAAAUGAGAUCAAGAUGCCGGCGAAACAACCGAAGAUGACUGGAACUGUGGCCAUAUUGUAGAUCGGCAUCUAUGCUCUGGUGGAUUUGGUCUUCAUGCCGCCUCUGACAAUCUUGCUCGACUCCAACGAGUCGCAAACUCAGUCCAGCCAAACAGCUUCCGUCAUGAACACAGAUAUUCUUUUCGACCCGCCGCCCCCGUCGAAAUUGAUCGAGUUGUCUCUUGACACAUUUGCUCAGGCAAACCCUAUGGCCUAGACUCGGAGUGAACAAACAAAAUGACACCAGAAACUACCUUGGUCUUUGACACCACACCAACACCGUGUGAAGUAGCGAACCAAACAACCCCAAAUCCAGACAGGGAAUUUCUCCCAGCAUAUGGAUGUUUGUUCAGCUUUUACACCUGUAUUUGCUCAGUUGUUCUUAGGAGAUUCUUGCCCACCUGCUCAAGCACUCUUAUUCCUGCUUCUCGUCGGUCUCAAGGUCGAUGUCGAGAACAGCUAGUUGUCUUCAGCAUUUAAAACUAGUUUGCGUGUAGAAAUGGAUGAUCUCGGCCUGGCCCUACUGGAAAUCCACAAAAGUUCCGUGACUGAAAUUUGCUUUGGACAUGCGACAUUCUACAUAAACGGACGUGCAUGUUGUCCUCUUCUAUCUUCUGAACUGAAGACGUAGAGUUAGACAUCAUACCUUCUUCUCCUGCACCUCCACUUGGCCCCGGAGGAGGAUUCGAAGAGAUUGGUUUACUCCCAGUCGUCAAAUUCAACAUCAGCACCGAAAUUCGACAAAAGGACUUCUGAAGGUAGUCUGUGCGGAAUAGCAUCACGUUGGGCCUCUGCGCUAUUGCCUCGACGUUAACAACAGCGUGCUACCCUCACUCAUCAUGGUGCAGUGUCCGACCUCAAAGGCAGCCUCGCUGCUGGCCAAACUGCAGACCGACUCUGAACCAGGUCUGACGAAUGCACAACUGAUGCUCACGAACCAUGCCCUGAAGCCCGUCGCUUGAGAGGCGGCAAUGGGUUGGUUGGAAUUUCGUCGUUACGUCAAAUAACCAACAAUAGGAUCUGCGCUUGGUAUUCUUCAAUCAUAA